GUAGUUUUUGUUUAUCAGUUCAACUUUCGUUUUCGGAAAAUCCACUUUUCACAGAAACAAAACACAAGUUGUAAUUACAGGAUUUUAACUGCUCGUAAUCUGCCAAAUAUCAACAAUUUUAAAUAUGUCCGAAUGUGAUUUAGAUUCGAGUGGCCACGAUGUUGCACAUCCCGAUACAUGUGAACAAGCAGUCGAACCAAAUAUCUUUGAUGUAUCAAACCCUGAAAAUAAGUCAGAAACCAAGCAAGUUGUCGACACUGAAAAUAUAAUGGAAAUAACGAACAUUGGUGAUACUGAAAAUAUACCAGAGCAAAAUAAGAUGGAAACCGAACCGUACAAAACCAUCGCAAAUACAUCCCAAGAAAUGUUGAAUAAAGCUAUUUGUGAUGAGGUUCAACAAAACCUAAAUAUAUGUAAUACCAAUCAGCCUGGAGAGACAGAGAAUCCAAACAACGACACACAGGGAUUAUCUGACAAUAAAAACGAUAUUAACGAGGUUAUAGAAAGCGCGCAAAUUGGAAAUGAACAAGAUAAAACUCAACUAACCGAACAUUCCGCAAAGGAGCAGAAGACAGAUGACGAUAAAAUAGAGCAAAAGCCCAUUAUAGAUAGAAAAACUAGAUUCAAAGAGGAUACAUCAACCGACAAAAAAGCAACUGAAUCAAUGGAUGAUACGAAUCUAUCAGAAGAUCUCAAAGACUUGUCAGUGAAUAACGAAGUAGAUGAACAAAAAACAACAGUAGAUAGAAAGAACAGAUUCAAAGAGAAUGUGUCGGAUAGUAAUAAUGAAGGCUAUAAAGAUAUGGAAUUAAAAACUAAGGCUUUAGAAAAAUAUGAAUUCUUUUGGAAAUCACAUUCUCCCUUUAGUCAGUGGUAUGAAGGGGAAUUCACAGUCGAGGGGAUGGCGUUUAAUUCUGCAGAACAGUACAUGAUGUAUAGUAAAGCAAUGCUAUUUGAUGACGAAGACAUUGCUUAUGCUGUGCUAAGAGAAUCCGACCCUCGAGAACAGAAGAGAUUUGGGAGGCUUGUUAGAAACUUCAAUCAUGAAUUAUGGGAGGCAAGUUGUUUAGCGAUUGUCGAACGUGGAAAUAAAGCAAAGUUUUCUCAAGAUGAAAGCCUAAAAAGAAUACUUCUGGACACAUAUCCCAAAACUCUUGUCGAAGCCAGUCCUUAUGACGUUAUUUGGGGUAUUGGACUUGAAGCAGAUGACCCUAUGGCAUGGAAUUGUGACACAUGGAAAGGGCAAAAUUUACUUGGAAAAGCAUUGACUAAUGUGAGAGAUGAAUUGAAAGAAGAAGAAAAGAAAGGGGAAAAUCAAAGUGAGGAAUAUCCGAACUUAACGAGUAAGAGCUGCAAUACCACAGAAAAUGAUAUAACAGAUACAGUUGAUGAAUCAAUAUUAAACCAAAUUCCCAAUUCAUUAGUGGAAAAUACAAAUUUAGUUCAUGUCGAUAAAAUAGAAGAACUAACCACCAAUCCAGUAGACCUUCCUAUUGAUAUCCCUGGUACCUCGAGUGUUGAAAGUAAGGCGAACAUGGAGGACAUCACAGUCAAAAAUCUAGCAGAUAAUAAUGAGACAAAUAAAACAACUACAGAGGAUAGCCUAACUCCUGAAUCUAUUAUCUCUGGGGCAGAUACUAGUGAGUUAAACAAAACAAGUAUUGGGGAUAGUCAAACUUCUGAAAUUAAUAUCCCAGAGGUUGAUAAUACAGAUAACUCUAGUCCAAAUUUUGUUGACACUUCUAAUGUAUCAGAAAUAACACAAAUGUAAAAAAUAACUUCAAAAAAAUAUAACAGAAAAUGAGCAGAAACCCAUUUUUGUGAUAAAAAAAAACAAACUACCAAAAUCAUAAUAUCAGAAAAUUGGGUUUCUAUUAGAAUGGAUAACAAAUCAUUUAAUAAAAUGCACUAUAACGAAUGAAUGAAUUUUAGUAGUUACACUAGUCGAGUUCUCUCAUUGACACUCACAUCUUCUUAUAUCUAUUCACCUGUAAUUUACCUGUAAUAAAAUCGGCGCAAAUGAAAACAAAAAUCGGCGCAAAUGAAAUGCACAUCGGCGCAAAUGCAAACGCCGCUCUAGUCUUGUAGGCAAUCAUAGCCAAUCUUCUUAUUUUUAUUAUUACCAUUCUCUGAGGCCAAGUAAAACUUAAUGACUACCCAUGGGGGUCUCGCACGCUUGACAAGUAAAACGCUAUAAAAAAAAAUUGGCAGUAUAAAAGUGUAUACAUAUCCUAUGUCAAAUCUUGGGAGAAUGCGUGUAGCCAAAAUAGCCAAGGCAAACUAAGAACAUAUUGUCAAUUUAAAACAUCAUUUUGUAAAGAAAAUUAUUUAGAUAUCUUGAAUAAUUUUGAUCUGAGAAAAGCUAUCACAAAAUUCAGGAUUUCAUCUCAUAGACUCAAAAUUGAAACUGGGAGAUAUUCCAAAUUAGAAGUUCAUCAAAGAAUUUGUGAUAAAUGCGAUUUAAAUAAAGUGGAAGAUGAACUUAUUAUUCUUAUAGAAUGUCCUGUAUACUCUAAGGAUAGAGACCUGUUAUUUGAUCUGGUAUUUGAAGAAUGUAAAAAAAUUUACUCCUUGGAUAUGGCCAAUAAAUGUAUUUGGCUAUUAAUCUGUGAGUCUAUUUUAAAAUAUUUUGAAACAACUUGGCUAUUUCUUAUCAAAACAUCUGCCUUGUGUAAACAUUUAUUAUCUAACACUGGGAUACUGUAAGCAACAUUUAUAAUGUCUAACUUUAGCAUACUGUUUAGUUGUUCUGCUUUAUUGUAUUUGUAAUUGUUUGUAACUUUAUAUUGUCAUUUAUGUAUAUGCACUAUGCCCCUUGAGGGUACCUCUUAUGGAAGUAAAAGAUAUUCUAUUCUAUUCUAUUCUAUUCUGUAACAUCAACAUACAUUUUCAAUAUGUAAUUUUAAGUAAGGUUUUUAUUGACUAAAAUUUUACCAGGCAUGUCAUAAAUAUUUGUU